CUUCAAACAAAAUGAGACACGCGCUCGUCCGGCCGACCGAACUCGCGGCUAUUGCCCACUGAGCCCACGGUGCUGUGGACGCGGCUUAAUUUAAAAUACGAACGAUUUUCAAAUUCAAAAUUUUUUCUUCUUCUAUAUUAGUGACCUACGUUCUGUGCAACAAAGAAUGGAUUGUUAAUUAGAAAAAAAAGAAAUAAAGUUAGACCUCUUUGGAUAAAAUUCUUUUUGGAUUUUUUUUUCAAUUUUGGAACCAUGAUGGCUGGCAAAUGCGUAACGUCGUUCCUCGUCUUGUGCUUAGCUGUUAUCUGCCACAAUGGAGAAGCCGCGGAAAGUGAAAACUCUCUUACGAUACCGGAAUACAUCUUACCCUGCCGGCAGAGUGACCCUCAACUGGACACGUGCAUCAAGGGUUCCUUUAACCACCUGCGGCCGUAUCUGGCCAGGGGUCUCCCAGACAUCGGGGUGCCGCCGGUGGAACCGCUGCUGAUCGACCGGCUGGUGAUGGAAAAUAAUGCGGGCCCCGUGCGGGUCACGGCUGCCUUUAGUAAUAUUACUGUGGUGGGACCCAGUAAUUACACUAUUACUAAAGUUAGGUCCGACCUGAAGAAGCUGCGCAUCGACAUGGGCCUGGUGCUCCCGAGGAUCGAAAUCACGGGCCGCUACGAGGUGUCUGGACAAGUUCUGCUGUUCCCUGUACGCUCGCAGGGAGAUUUCUGGGCUGCGUUCAUGGACGUGGCAGCCAUCGCCAAGAUCUUCGGCAAGGAGGUUGAAAGGGAGAACGUCAAGUACAUGAUGGCGGACCGACUGCUGGUCGACUUCAAGCUGAGAAGCUCCAGGUUCAAGGUCCGGGAUACCGUCAACCACGGAAGUGUUAUUGGUGAGGCCAUGAACCAGUUCCUGAACAACAACGCAGCAGAAAUCAUCGACGAGAUGAGGCCAGCCGCGUCCGUGGCCAUCGCCAAGCACUUCCAGGCCUUCGUCAACGCGGCCUUCACCAAGAUCCCAAUCGAUGUCUGGCUGAAGCCUUAGAACGUUAAGGAGCCCUAUUGUUUGAGACAGAUCGAAAAGGACCCUAUAAUAUACGGAAAGAUCCAUCUUUACGAUCAUUCCUUUCAAAACGAGUCGAAACGGACAGAUAUAAUGAAUCCUUUUAAGAUCGUUAACUUGAUCUAAGAUGACUUCCAAAACUCACGUAAGUUUGAAUCUAUAGAUUUAGGUCUUUGUCUGUGACAGCAAGAUCUUGUCGUUCCAUUGAAGACACCCGCAGAAUGCAGACUUUUUUUCGGCCAAUAGUUUGAUCGGGCUGUAAUAAAUAAAGUGCGCGCAUUACAUCGAUUUGGUAUCGGUCGAUUCCUCAUAUAAAUUGGAAGCUGACCAAACUAUAGGCCGACUAAAAGUCCGUAGCCCCGCAGACAGACUUUUAGUCGGCCUAUAGUUUGGUCAGGGUCGUAUGUGUAAAUUUUGAGCUAUCGAUCUUCCAAUAUCCUUUUAGAUUAAUCGUAACGACGGAUCGUUCCAUAUACAAUGGGGAUUUCUACGUAUCUCUUCAAAUCUGGUUCGACUGAUGACGUACUUUUAGUCAAGUACUUACAGCCAGCAAAGUAGCGUGAUACAGUUUUUCUUUCGCAAGUAAGAUUUAAAAUUGUUCAGCUACUUUCUUUGCUGGAUUCAGACAAUUUAGCCUUAUUUUGAUUCCCACGAUGGGGAUAUUAAUGACAUACAUAUUUGUAUUAUUACUUUAAGAAAAUUCUCAUGUGAUCACAUCACAAGAAAAUACGAAUGCGAGUAGUAACUAACACCUACUUAACUACAUAAUUAUACGAGAAUUCUUUGUCACAAAAACUUGCAGGUAACAUAAAGGAGGCUACAC